AUGAAUCCUUCUCCUAAGCUAAGGGGUCUCUCCUGCCCAGCUCAGGACACCAACUGCACCAAGAUUAUGACUUCCAUAAGUGAGUGGAACAACACAGAAGUGGAUGCCCACCGUCUGGUUGACAUUCCCCCCAUCACUCCCACGGCAGUGGUGUUGCCACCGGGCUCGCAGAAUGUCUUCCCCACAGCAGACGUCCCGGAUCAUGCCCACUAUACCAUUGGUGCUACCAUCCUGGUUGUGGGGUUCACAGGAGUGCUGGGGAACCUUUUGGUCAUCUAUACAUUCUGCAGGAGCCGCAGCCUUCGUACACCUGCUAACAUGUUCAUCAUCAACCUUGCCAUCAGUGACUUCUUCAUGUCCUUUACCCAAGCCCCGGUGUUCUUUGCCAGCAGUCUGUAUAAGCGCUGGAUCUUUGGAGAGAAAGGAUGUGAAUUUUAUGCCUUCUGCGGGGCUCUCUUUGGCAUCACCUCCAUGAUAACGCUGAUGGUGAUUGCCCUGGACCGGUACUUUGUGAUCACCCGCCCUCUGGCCUCUAUUGGCAUGAUCUCGAAGAAGAAGACCGGCCUCAUCCUCCUCGCGGUCUGGCUGUACUCUCUGGCCUGGAGUCUUCCGCCUUUCUUUGGAUGGAGUGCCUAUGUGCCUGAGGGGCUGCUCACAUCUUGCUCCUGGGAUUACACGACCUUCACCCCGUCGGUCCGGGCCUACACCAUGCUCCUCUUCUGUUUUGUGUUCUUCAUUCCCCUGAUUGUCAUCAUCUACUGCUACAUCUUCAUCUUCAGGGCCAUUAAGGACACCAACAAGGCUGUUCAGAACAUUGGAUCUAGCGAGAGCUCAGCAUCCCCAAGGCAUUCUCAAAGGAUGAAGAAUGAAUGGAAGAUGGCAAAGAUUGCCCUGGUGGUUAUCCUACUCUACGUGCUGUCCUGGGCCCCCUAUUCAACGGUGGCCCUUGUGGCCUUUGCUGGGUAUUCCCACAUCCUGACUCCCUACAUGAACUCAGUGCCAGCCAUCAUUGCCAAGGCCUCUGCCAUUCACAAUCCCAUCAUUUAUGCCAUCAGCCACCCCAAGUACAGAAUGGCCAUUGCCCAGAACUUCCCGUGCCUUAGGGUCUUGCUUGGUAUAAGGCACCCGCGCACUCGAUCCUUCAGUAGUUACCGCUUCACCCGUCGCUCAACGAUGACCAGCCAAGCGUCAUCUGACAUCAGCUGGCAGUCCCGAGGGAGACGUCAGCUAUCCUUGGGUUCUGAGGCCGAAGUCGGUUGGAACAACCCUGAGGCAGGUGCCACAAACCUGACCUUGAAGAACCAAGAGGCCUCCUCCAGGAUGGACCACAAGAUCAUGGGGACACGAGAGCUGACGGCUGCAGCCAAGGCCAAGGGGCGCAGCUGGGAGACUCUGGCAAAGACAUUGGAAGAGAUGGAUGACUUAUCCCUCCUGGAGACAGGGACCCUGCUCCCCAGCCUGGAUCUUCAAAUAUAACCUACCCAGAUGCCACUCACUAGUCUGUGCUUUUGGAGGUAUCUACUUCCUCUGGAAAACACCCAGUCUACAGCCCUGCUGCACACUCACACACUUAUACCGUGAAAAUGGAAAUCAAAACACUUUAGAUGCUGUCAAGUGUCCAUGCCCUAUUGUGAUUCUGUAGCCCUCUACCAGCGGGGACAAGACCCCUUCCUUUCCUCUUUGCAACGUGAUUCUCAUGCCCUACUCUCCAAGCAAUGUUCACCCCCAACAUAUUUCAGGGAAGACAGAGAAACUGGGAUAUGGUUUGACCGGCUGCUCCCAAGUGGAAUUUUUUAAUGUUACAACUUGUUGGUCAUUUUGCUGCUGUUUUGUAUCCUUUGGAAAAUAAGCUGUUUAAAAAAAAGUGGUGACUACCUAACAAUAAAAGAAUCGGCAUUUGGGCUGGGGUGUUUGAAUCACACCAAGUUUGUAAUCUUGUUUUCCCUCCAUUGUUCCCUCUGUGACUAAACAGUUCUCACAGAUGAAAGGGUUAACCUCAUUUGUGUGUGUGUGUGUGUGUGUGUGUGUGUGUAACACGUGGGCACAAAUCCUGUGUGCCUGUGGUUAGUUUCCAUUCUAAUCUCUUUAUGUUUAUCUGAGGGCUCUCUGGUUCUAAUGCAGGGUUCAUGAAAAAAGUUCCCAAGGGUAAAAUAGAAUCACUCACCCUCGCUCUGUUGCCAGUGGGACGGUGUUAGAAGGAGCAUUGGGAUUUCAUUGGCAUCGAGAACUCCCAAGUGAGGAAACUCCCUUUACCAAAGCAGGUUGGCAUCUCCUCUGUGACUUACGGUCUUA